UCAGGCCAACUCAUGAUACAAUUGGUCAGAGGAACGACUCUUUCCUGCUGUUCCCAAGGCAGCUGGACGAUAAAGGUUUGUUUUUCCUCCACAACCUGGCAAAGAAAAGCAAAGGGGUCGAUGGAAUAGUGUCCCGCAGCCUCUGACGGUCGGUCAUGGAGGCUUCUCCAGUCGGGAGGCCCCGCCCCGAGCUGGUGGCCCGGAAGAGGAGCGGACACACGGCCGUGGUGGAGGAGGGUCUGCUGUACGUGUGGGGAGGCUACGUGUCAGUUGCUGUUAAUGAAGUUCUCCUACCCAAUGAUGAAAUCUGGGUUUAUGACUUACAACAAGGUGUAUGGAAAGUAUUUCACAUGACAGGGGAAGUGCCUCCCUCCAUGUCAGGGACCUGUGGCUGCGCCCUGAACGGACACAUGUACAUAUUUGGAGGUUGUGAUGACAAUGGACAGACCAAUCAGCUCUACAGUGUCAACCUGACAGACGGUAAAUACACGUGGAAGAAGAUCAAACACAAGAUGGGCUCUGCUCCCUCACCUCGAGACAAACUGUCCUGCUGGGUUUACAAAGGACGGUUAAUGUACUUUGGAGGAUAUGGUCUCAAGUCGUCGACUGAUCGCGACAACAGGAACAGAAGCUACAUUGUAGAUGAAACAUGGAUGGGGGUCUUCUGGGGUUGGAACAACGAGGUUCAUAUAUUUGACCCCAUGCAAGCCAGUUGGAGUGAACCACAGACCCAUGGCCGUGCUCCCGCCCCCAGGGCUGCCCACACCAGUGCCACAACUGGUUGUAGAGGAUACAUAUGUGGAGGCAGAGUCAGGGAAACCAGGUCAAGUGACGUUCACUGUCUGGACUUUGAAACAUGGACUUGGUCAGAAAUAACCCCCGUUACCACCGCUCCAGUGGGCAGAUCGUGGCACACACUCACAGCGGUAUCAGACAGCACCUUGUUCCUGUUUGGAGGUCUCAGUUCAGACUGCAAACCAAUGAGUGAUGGGUGGCUGCUUGAUGUUGAAACAAAGAAAUGGAGAGAAGUCGAACAUACCCAUACGGAUAAGCCAAGGUUGUGGCACACAGCGUGUCUUGGGAAAAACUCUGAUGUUAUUGUGUUUGGUGGAAGUUGUGACGACAUCCUCCUGGUUGACACUGGUCACUGCAAUGAUGCACUCGUUUUCCAGACGCAACCAUAUCCUCUGUACAGGAUUUGUGAAGACUACAUUGCAACGAGUGUGUGGAGCCUUGAGGUGCUCAGGAAUCAACUUCCCCUCCUGCCUCACAAACUCCUCACAGCAGUACAGAGGAGGAUGUCUUUCUACAGGCCUUCAGAGGAGCAACAAUAACACAAACUAUUUACACAAAUGAUUUCCUAAAUGCCAAAAUCAAUGCAAUGUCCAACAGUUUUUAUUUUAGUAUUUAUUUAAGUGCUUCCUUCAGUGUGCAUGUCUUACUCACACUUUGGGAAAGUAUUUUUUAUUGAAUGCAUAUUUUUAAUAUGUGCAGAAUAUUUUAUAGUACUAUAUAUAAUUGAUUAUUGUGUUCAUGGUGGUGAUGAUGGUUAAAUGAAACAGAUGAAGA